CAUACUCGUUAAUAUUGGUAUCCGAUAUGCUGGUGCUAAAGCAUACAGAGUGGCUGCUGGUUGUUUUUCCAGUUCUGCCAGUCAGUUGAUAUACGAGUUUGGCUGUGAUUGGUUCGUUGAUCAGCGAAAUUCCACUUGUGCACAUUCUCGUUCGCCCUCUACUGUUACUUAAAGUGAGUCUGACCAAGCAUGCUGCCGAACAUGUUGAGAAGCACCUUCCGGACUGCCGCGAUCUGUCGUAAAAAUCUUGCCCAACCGGUGGCGGCAAAGUUUUCGUCAAGCUCGUUUGGAAUCGCUCAGGGACCAACCGGCCCACUGACCUAUCUGUCCGAGGAUGAGCAGAUGAUGAAGGAGACUGUUGCCAAGUUGGCACAGGAACAAAUCGCUCCACUGGUGAGGAAGAUGGAUGACGAGCACCAAUUCGAUCCCAGCGUGAUAAAGGCGGUGUUUGAUAAUGGACUGAUGGGUGUUGAGGUUGGUGAGCAGUAUGGUGGCAGUGGAUGUAAUUUCAUGACCAUGAUGCUCGUGGUUGAGGAACUAUCCAAGGUCGACCCAUCCGUGGCUGCCCUCGUGGAUAUUCAUAAUACAUUAGUCAACUCGUUGAUGAUCAAACUGGGAACUGAGGAACAGAAGAAAAAAUAUCUCCCUAAAUUGUGCCAAGAAUAUAGUGGAAGUUUUGCUCUUUCCGAACCAUCGGCCGGUUCCGAUGCUUUUUCGCUUAAAACCACCGCCAAGAAGGACGGCAACCACUACAUUCUCAAUGGAAACAAAAUGUGGAUUUCCAACUCGGACAUGUCAGGAAUGUUUCUCAUAAUGGCCAAUGCUAAUCCAUCGGCUGGAUACCGUGGCAUCACCACUUUUAUCGUUGAUCGUGAAAUGGAAGGCUUCACCGUGGGAAAGAAAGAGAGCAAACUUGGCAUUUGCGCUUCGGGAACCUGUCAGUUACAUCUGGAUAACGUUCGCGUUCCCGAGGAAAAUAUUCUGGGUGAAUUAGGCAAGGGAUACCAGUAUGCUGCUGGAUUUUUGAAUGAAGGUCGUAUCGGCAUCGGUGCUCAGAUGAUUGGACUAGCCCAAGGCUGUCUCGACGCAACCAUCCCAUACCUGUUGGAGCGCAAGCAGUUCGGUGCCGAUAUCUAUUCCUUCCAGAGCAUGCAGCACCAGAUUGCAACCAUUGCGACGGAGAUUGAAGCAGCUCGGCUUUUGGUAUAUAACGCUGCCCGUUUGCAGGAAGCUAAGGUUCCCUUCUUGAAGCAAGCUGCCAUGGCAAAGUAUUACGCAUCAGAAGUGGCGCAACGCGUAACCGUCAAGUGCAUCGAUUGGAUGGGUGGUGUUGGCUUCACCAAGGAUUUCCCUCAGGAAAAAUUCUAUCGCGAUUGCAAGAUCGGCGCAAUCUAUGAAGGUACAACUAACAUGCAACUGAGCACAAUCGCGAAGGUCAUGAAGAAGGAGUACCAAUCGUAAACGUUUGCAAAUUAUUUUCGCGAAUUGUCUUCCAGAGUGUUAUGUAACACGCCGCCGCAAUAAACUUCUUGAGUGACAUACAUAGACCAGCCUCCUGCUGAAUACAAAUGUGAGCAUUCAUAUACACACACACUCGCGGCAUUUACGCGUACGAACAAGAUAACACGAUUCUGGUUUAUUUUUUCAAUUAUUUUUGUUUUGACCGAACACACAUGUAUCAUUCCAAGAUUGUAGCCAACUGUAGGCGGUAAAAUGUAUGCCAUGAUAAAAUAAUGCAUUUAAGCUUCUCUCGGAUAAGUUGCAAGGUUCUACUGUAGAGAUAUAAUAAAUCGACACAUGUGCUAAGCGCAAUGAUGAAGCAAACACAUUUAUCGUACUGUGAUCCGCUUCACAACGGCAGUGAUGAAAAUAUAUUAUGAUUUUAUAAUAAAUGACAUGAUAAUCAAA